UCCCAGAUGGAUGAACCAAGACAAAGAAGAUGAGAAAUCCCUGGAGGCAUCCCGACAUCUGGGCAAGAUGUUAAAUGAUCUGGAGAGACGCCAUGAGAUGAAGAAAAUGGCUUUGCUGAAGACGGUGUUUCCUGGAGGAAGCAGUGGUUCACUGGCAGCCUCUGCUGCAGGAAGGGAGGCCAUGCCAGGCACAGUCCCAGGAGAUGAAAUUGAUGAAAUGGAUUCUUCAGCAGCUGGGAUGGAAGAUGGUUUGGAACCAUUAGGAGGUUCAGCAGGUGUAUCUGCAGAGAGGACUUACCCAGCUCCUUUCCUGAUUCCUGCACCCAAGCCCGUCUCCCACCACAGGGGUCCUCCUAGCGGAAGAAACAAACCUACCGAAGAUAUUAAAUCCCUGGAGACAUCGAAACACAUGGACGAGAUGCUGAGUGGUCUGGAAAAACGCCAUGAGAUGGACCAAAAGUCUUUGCAGAAGGCAGAACUUCCUGAAGAAUGCAAUGGCUUUGUGCCAGAUCCCACUACACAAAGGGAGGAGAUACCUGACAGUGCCACAGAAGAUGUUAUCACUGAAACAGGAGUAUAUGUUGAGGAUGCAGUGCGCCUGCCAAGAAUUGUCUGCCCGCAGGACAUCUGCAGGUCCUGCAUGAUAGGCACAGUACUGACAGUGUUCACUGUGCCCCUUGUCCUGAUAUUAUCCUAUUUUGGGAUCCAGAAACUCUACGAGAUCAGACGUUCUUUCUCCAGUUAUUUGAUAUAGUUUGUUAUUAUCCCAUGGCAGAAUUACGAGGCU